AUGCCCCCGCGCCGCCGUGCUCCUCCUGCGGGGGCGCGAACAGAGCUUCCGCCACUGAAGAUCGUGCGCAAGAUCGUCCUGCUUCAGCUGGCCUACUAUGCCUCGGCGACGGCCCUGAUCCUGUUCACUACGCUGGUCUAUGGCACGCCAUUCUCGCUCGAUUUGAUUCUGAAAUGGGACUCCCUUCGAGGCGAUACCACCAUCGGGUGGAUGCUGGGUUUAGUGUGGAUGUUGAAUAGCGUCCUAGGUGUCAUCUUCCUCCUGCUCUUUGUCGUCCGCUCGAAACUGAUUCCCGAUUUCGCGCUCACCCUCCACUUCCUCCACCUUAUCAUCACAUCCUUCUACACCCACGCGAUCCCGUCCAACUGGCUCUGGUGGGGUCUGCAAUGCGCCAGCGCCGCGGUGAUGACCUUCCUGGGUGUCUGGGCCUGUCAGUGGCGGGAACUGCGGCCCAUCAGCUUUGGCGGGAUUGCAGGGACCGGGAGCACCGCGGGCUCGUCCCAGCCGCCGGCCGACGAAGGCCAGUCGUCUCGCGGACGCGGUCGUGCACGCGAUCUGGGGGCUAGCAGUGGGGAGUACGAGUUGAAUGAAAUGAAGGGAGUGGGCGAACAGGCCGUAUAA